AUGGAUGAGGUCUCUGAGAGUGAGGACUCAGAUAUUAUAUUGAGGACAGAACUUUUGCCACCUUUCAGAAAACAUACAUAUGACACAAUGAAGAUUAUCCAUCAAGCACAUGGCUCUAAGACCAAUGAACUUGUUGUGAGUUUAGAGGAUGAUGACAAACUCAUUUUGCCAGAAGACAGCACCUUGAGAGCAGCUGGUGUAGCGAAUGAAACGGAGCUUGCAUUUUUCUGCAUGGACGAUUACAGAAAAUAUAAAACCCAUCCUGUUGCUACUUGGUGAUGACCAAGAAAA